UAUUUCUUCUCAAUUCCACCAAAAAAAUGCUAAAAUAACUUUUAUGUGACUGUCAGAAACUUUAAACAGAAUAUGAUAAUUCGCUCUAGAACUAAAGUAAUUAAAUUUUUAGCGGAUAGUGGUAUUUUGGACAGACUUCAAGCUUCCCAUGAUGUCAAAGCAAAAAUUUAUUGCCACUAUUUUUUUCCUUUUCAUACUAUAAUACUACAUACUAUAAGAGUGUUAAGUUUUAUUCAAUUUGUACAAGCCUAUCAAAAGUCAAGGAGGGGUGAAAUCCCCCGUUCAUAAUAUGUUAGAAAAAACCCUGACCGAAUGGGGUUUAGAGAAACUUAACCCUCAUUUUUUCUUUUAAUAUCUAUGUAAUGGUUCAAUGUCCAUCCUUUGUGUUUUUAGCUUACAAAACAAAAAAUCUUGUAUUGUAUUACAUUGUAUUGUAUUAUAUUACAAAACAAAGAAUCUGAUAUUGUUUGUUUUUUUUUAGAAAAAAAUGAUAACUUGAAAGACUUUUCUUCAGAAUAUGGAAUCAGAAAUUGAAGAAAAAAGAUUGAUUGAAAAAGAUUCUGCUACUUUUGAUGCACAAACACCAGAAAGAGAGGAACCUCUUGAAGAAAAUACUGCAUUUUUGAUGCAGAAAGAUUUAAAUGAUCGAAGCGAAAAAGUAACUUUGCUAAGCCUUUCAAAAAUUAACACAGACAAGGAAAGUUCCUAUAAAACAUUUGAAGAAGGCAAGAACGCAGAUUCUAAUAAAGGUUUAGAUGGAUGCCCACCAAAUUUGAAGUUAUCUGCUAGUAAUGUAGAACAACUUUCUUCAAAUUCAGAACAACUCUCUGCCACAGAUGUGAAAAAGGAAAGAAAGCUUUCUAAUAGGACAGACCUUCACCUGGACAUUAAAGCUGCAACAAAGCAUAAUUCAAAACAAUUUCCAUCAGAUGUAAUAACAGUGUUGCCACAGUCUGCCACAGGCACGCCAAAACCAAUGAACAUUGCUGUUUUUUUAAAAGAAGGUGAUAACCGACUGCUGCAGCUUGACAAAGGCAAAAUAACUACAGCAGGGGAGGUGAAGAAUAUGAUGUUUGACGUCCUUUCCAUUCCCAAGUCUGCUUACAAUGUAUUUUCGAUUUGGUUUAUUUCUCCUUAUCUUGAAAUCCAAUUAAAAAGACAUCAUAUUCCAUUUCUUCUUCGUAAACAAUGGCCAGAUAUUUUAAUGCAACUUUCUACUUGUCAGACUAGAGAAGACGCAGAAAAAGAUGAACCCGUGUUAGUCUUCCAAAGGAAUUCAUUUUGUUCUGUUGAGAGUGAAAAAGAGUUUACUGAUGAGACGGUCGUCAAGAGGUUGUUCGAAGAGGCGCAAUACAACAUUUUAAACGCCAUAUACAGAAUACCAACUGCAGAUGCAGAGAUGCUUGGAGCAAUGUUAGUAAGAAUUGAAUAUGGACCAUAUGAAUCAAAUAUCCACAGGCCCGGAUAUUUCAGGAAGAAACUAUCGAAGUACCUACCGUACUACGCAAUCGGAAGCAACAAAAUCAUUCAGCAGUUCCGUUCGUCAAAAACGGAACUACGUCUUCUUCAACAAUAUGAACACAUCUCCAAUAAAGUGACCGAUGUUAACUCAUGUCAGAAAAUGUUUUUGGAAUACUGUCAAAGUUUACCAUUUUAUGGGUCUGCACUGUUUAAAGGGAAUAUUUUCCACAAGGGAGCAAAAUGGAAACUAUGGGGUUCAUAUGAAAAAUGUGUCACUGUCGCAAUCAACCGAGUAGGAAUAACUUUGAUGAGAGACGGAGGAGAGAAUAUACAUUUACCGUUCGAUCAUAUAUCUUGGGAGUAUUUAAAAGGUGGAGUGGAGGGUGAGGCGGAGGGUGACACGGAUGUUUUGUGUUUGGAGUACGAUUCACUGGAUGAAAAUGCCGAACCUGUCGCCGAACAGAUACAAAUCAUAUCUAAACAGGCCUGUAUGAUGGAUACCAUGGUGGAUUCGUGUGUCAAUUACAUGAAUGUUAUGAACAUACCCAUAACACCAACUUGUCUGGAUUACAAAAAGUUGGGAGAUAUCAGUUUUUCGACCAUGCCUAGUAAAAAACACAACUUCACUCUCACCAGACCUUUCAAGAGGUAACAGAGAGAAAAUAAUAAAACAGAAUUGAAAAGUCUAAUAUACACAUGCGAUUAUAUAUUUGUUCUUUAUAUAAUUAUUUUUCUUUAUGAUGGGAUAUUUUUAUUUCUUGUACAUUAUAAUAAUAAUGGCUACUAAUAGGUUGUAUUUUUUUGUGGUCAAAAUAGUAUCAAUAACGUGUAAAAUAAGGACCUGAUAAAUGUGUUUGUGUUGUAAAACGUUUUUUAGUAUAUGCAUGGAGAUAUCUAUAUCUACUUUUAUGAUAUACGUGGCUGCCAUGUCUAUCAGAGUUUUUGUUGUAUAAAACAUAUAAUUAAAUUAUUAUUCAGCUCUUUUUUAUUUUGCAGCCCGUGCUUUUAUGAAAUAAAAACCCGUCCAGUGAUGUAAUAUAUUAUAUACAAAAAUUAAGAGUUGUUCUUAAAACUUAAAAUUGGAAGCCACCAUUUGUGUAAAUUAUAGACCGGGCCAGGUUGUUAUUUUCUGCUCCGGUUGUUAUUUUCGUAGUGUAAAUUGUUUUCUUGAAUAUACUGUACAGCAACGCUAUAA